AUAAUUUUAUGGUUGGGUCACAACAUGAGGAACUGUAUUUAAAGGGCCAGAAGGUUGAAAACCACUGCUCUAAAUCCUCUGUUGCCAUCUCACCGUCCUCACAGCCUCGUCACAGGGUGGGCUCCGUCUCCCGAAACCCCUCUCUCUGCUCCUCUGCAAGCUCCUCCUCAUCACUCAAGCUCUGUCCUGAGUUUGCAGCGAUUCAGCGCGUCCUCAGGCUCCACGUCAUGCUCCUGCUGCUGCUCCCACCACACGUGCAGGCACUUCCUCUCGGAGGUCUGGAGCCCUCAGAUCGGCCACGAGGGUGGAUCAGCUUCUCCCAGACGCCUGUGACUGCCUCCCAGGAGUCCCUCAGGGCCUCAGUGGCAGCUGGGACGGGGAGAACUUUUCCAUUUAUUCUCCCCGAUCCAUCAGGAACCACGACGGCAGCGAUUGCUUACAAACGUGGUUUUUCUUCCCAGUGAGACUUGGGAGUCAGAGUUAGUCCUUGACCCAAGAGCUGCAGAAAGGCAUGAAAACAGAAUUCAUCUGGCCCGUCUCCCCCAGCGCCCCUGGUGACCAGGCGCCUUGUCACGAGCAGGAAGGUUAGGGAAGAAUCCUUUUUUCUGAGCAGCAGGUCUCCACAGGGGCUCACACUGUGCAGGAAGCCGUGUGGCACGUUCAGACACAGGUAGAGCAGACGGAGCAUCACUCUUACCGGCCUAGGAUUUUCUAAAUGGAAGUGAGCACUGGCUCCAGCUUAAAGUCACAGCUGCAUGAGCUCCUAGCAGGAGCCGCCGGUCCUGUGAGGCCAGGCGCUGACCUCCCCUCACUGCGAACAUCCCAGGUGGCGCCUCCUUCCCGGAGGAGGCCGUGUCCUCCACACUCCGAGGCUGUGGACGACCUGCUGAGUGGCCCCUCCACGGUCAUCCGAGCGGCCCUUCUGCACAGCUUGCUGCAGCUCAGCACCUGCUGCUUCCCCUGGCACCUCCUUCAGCUCACGACCAGCCUCCCAUCUCCACACGUUCCUCCCGCUGCCUCCUCACCUCUCAGCCUUCACGGAAUGGAAGAGCAGGGCCUGGCCCUGGAUUAGGCUUUGGCUGCAGGGAGCUGUGGCUGUGUGGCCUCAACCCAGAGCACGGACCCGUCUCCUCACCAGCAAUAGGCUGUUCCCUCUCAUCACGCGUGUUGGCUGGAGCAGCGCUUGAAUUUCCUUCCAGAACCUCUUGGCCUUCACAGCAGGCUCACUGUUGGGCGCGAGAGGCCUCGCUUUCAGCUUCUCUUGGCGUUGGACAAGCCUCACCAAGCUGGUCGUUUCUGCUUUUGAUUUAAAGUCUGUGGCCGUCACCAUGUUCUGGAAGUUCGACUUGAACACCACGUCCCAUGUCGACAAGCUGCUGGAUAAGGAGGACGUGACGCUGCGGGAGUUAAUGGACGAAGAUGACAUCUUGCAGGAGUGCAAGGCUCAGAACCGGAAGCUGCUGGACUUCCUGUGUCGGCCGCAGUGUAUGGAGGAGCUGGUGAGCCUCAUCACACAGGACCCGCCCCUGGACAUGGACGAGAAGGUCCGCUUCAAGUACCCGAACACGGCCUGUGAGCUGCUGACGUGCGAUGUGCCGCAGAUCAACGACAGGCUGGGUGGGGACGAGGCUCUGCUGAACCUCCUCUACGACUUCCUGGACCACGAGCCGCCUCUCAAUCCUCUGCUCGCCAGUUUUUUCAGCAAGACCAUUGGCAGUCUCAUCGCAAGGAAGACGGAACAGGUAAUUGUGUUCCUGAAGAGGAAGGACACGUUCAUCAGCCUGGUCCUGAAGCACAUCGGCACCUCGGCCCUCAUGGACCUGCUGCUUCGCCUGGUCAGCUGCGUGGAGCCUGCUGGGCUCCGGCAGGAAGUCCUGCGGUGGCUCAAUGAAGAGAGGAUCAUCCAGAGACUCGUGGAAUUGAUCCACCCCAGGGAGGAUGAAGAUAGGCAGUCCAACGCUUCCCAGACGCUCUGUGACAUUGUCCGGCUGGGCAGGGAGCAGGGCAGCCAGCUGCCUGAGGCCCUGGAGCCGGACCCCCUCCUCGCAGUGCUGGAGUCGCAGGUCCCCCGAGUGCAGGCCAGCAGGGGCGAACCCCCACAGGGAGGCAGGGGAGGGAGGCGUGCUCUGUCUGCUCUGCUCCAGGCAGUGACCGUGUGUGACAGGCAGGACUGCGUGGAGCAGCUUCUGAGGAACAUGUUUGACGGGGACCAGACGGAGAGCUGCCUCGUCAGCGGGACGCAGGUGCUGCUGACCUUGCUGGAAGCCAGGCGGGCUGGGACAGAGGGCCUGGUGGACGCCUUUUCUCAGGGACUGGAGAGGCUGUGCCCCGUCAGUGGCAGCGUCCUGCACGGCAUUGAGCCGAGGCUGAAGGACUUUCACCAGCUCCUGCUCCACCCGCCAAAGAAAGCCGCAAUCCUGACCACCAUCGGCGUGCUGGAGGAGCCCCUCGGGAACGCCCGCCUGCACGGCGCCCGCCUCAUGGCUGCCCUGCUGCACACCAACACGCCCAGCAUCAACCAGGAGCUGUGCCGGCUCAACACCAUGGGCUUGCUGCUGGACCUGUUUUUCAAGUACACCUGGAAUAACUUCCUGCACCUCCAAGUGGAACUGUGCGUGGCCGCGAUUCUCUCCCAGGCCCCCCGGGAGGACAGGGCUGAAGCCAGUGGACCCGAGAGCGGGGACUCGGAGAGCCCGCGGCCUGCUGCCAGCCACCCCGAGAGCACCAUGGUGACCCAUCUAUUCCAGAAGUGCUGCCUGGUCCAGAGGAUCCUGGAGGCCUGGGAGGCCAAUGACCACACACAGGCAGCAGGUGGCAUGAGGCGCGGGAACAUGGGCCACCUCACCCGGAUCGCCAACGCGGUGGUGCGGAACCUGGAGAGGGGUGCCAUGCAGACGCCCGUCGGCGAGGUUAUCCAAGGGCUGCCUGCGGAUUGCCGUGGGCGCUGGGAGAGCUUCGUGGAGGAGACGCUGACGGAGACCAACCGCAGGAACGCCGUGGACCUGGUAAGCACCCACCUCCACCCCUCGAGCGAGGAUGAGGACAUGGAGGGCGUGUUCCCUAACGAGCUGUCCCUUCAGCAGGCCUUUUCCGAGUACCAGGUCCAGCAGAUGACGGCCACCUUCGUGGACCAGUUUGGCUUCAAUGACGAGGAGUUUGCAGACCAGGACGACAGCGUCAACGCUCCCUUCGACAGGAUCGCAGAGAUCAACUUCCACAUCGACGCCGACGAGGACAGCCCCAGCGCGGCUCUGUUUGAGGCCUGCUGUGGGGACCACAUCCAGCCCUUUGACGACGACGAGGACGAUGACAUCUGGGAGGACAAGGAGGCCCACUGUGCUGCCCGGGGCCUGGGCAGAGCCAGGUUUGGGGGCCCUCCCGCCACAGAGAGCUGCCCAGAGAACGGCCUGGCGCGUGGAGACCGGGAUGGGGAGGAAGCCAAUGGAGAUGUGGCUCCGGCAGGGGCUCCUCAAGUCGCAGCCCAAAAGGGCAGUCCUCAUGUGGAAGGUGGCUCAGAAGGUGCCACGUGGACGGUGUUUGAUGAGCCAGCGAGCCCGACCGCUGCCACCCCGGGAGUGGCGAUGGACGUGGGCUCCAGUGUGUGGGCAGCCAGGGCCCCCAGCACCACGGCUCUGGAGGAGAAAGGCUGGGCCAAGUUCCCCGACUUCCAGCCCUUCUGCUGCUCCGAGUUGGGGCCCAGGUGCAGCUCCCCGGUGGACGUAGGACCCGGCGAUGCCCAGGGCGGCCUGAGCCAGGGCCCAGAGAGAACCCUUGGCUCCGCCUCCCCGUGCGCCUGGAAUGUGUGUGUCUCCAGGGACGCCCCUCUGGUGGCCUCCGGCAGUGAUGAGGACGAGCAGGUGGCUGUCACCUCAGAGGCUGUCAGUAUGGGUCCCGGCCAGGAGGCCCCCCCACUGCCCACGCCGGUCCCCAGGGUUGCCAGCACGCUACCAGGUCCCACCUCUGCACCUGCAGAAGCCACCUCCACACUGGCUGGGGCUGUCCCCCCCGAGGCAGCCUCCACAGCUCUGAGCAAGGCCAGUCCUGCCCCAGCCCCCGCAGGGGUGCUGGCUGUGGCAGUGCCCCCAGGGCCCAUGGUGGCCGUCACCACCACCGCCACAGCCAGCCCAGCUGUCUCCACAGUGGCCAUUCUGGGGACCGUGACAAAGGACAGGAAGACAGCUGCCCCGCCAGCAGGAGCCGCCUCCAAUGGCCCCGUGUGAUGCUGCCACCCAGCCAGGGCGCGCCCUUAAUCGAUACCUACCUGGUGAUGCAAUUUGUCUUUUUUAAUUUAAUUUAAUUUUAAAAUAAAUGCUGCAUUGGUAAAGCUGGCAGUUGGACCCAGUCGGACGGCCCAGCUCGCGUCGCUCCUGCCUGACCCCAUGCACAGCAAUAAGGCUUCAGAGUGCGCUCUGCCUGCCAGAGCCAGGCCACAACCCUGGUGCCACAAGGACUGAGGCGUGAUGGGCGCGGACGCCACAGGCUGCCAGCCUGUUUUUACCGAUUUUUAAACAAACGCAGAGAGAGCCGUGUUUGCACUUUGUAUCUGGCUGCAGUGAAGGGUCUCCCUGACUCGGGACAGAUGCAUGUCCAGAGCUGGGCUGGCCACACAGGUCUUAGCUGCCCAGGGGCCCUGGGAGCUGGCCUCUAAGCCAGGAUGCAACAUUUGACUGCCUUAAAAAUAUCGAGACCCUCACAGCCCGGCAGGGGUAUCCCAGCCCUGGCACUCCGGUGCAUUUGGGCACCUGGCAAGAGCUGGCCAUGGGCAUGCAGGAGGGGGCAGGGGCGGAGACUGGCCCCAGCAGUGCUGGGUGGGUGGAGUCUGCACCCGCUGGAGCAGUGCCAUCGUCCUGGAAGGCCUGCAGAGUGUGUGAUGCUGAGUCCAUUUUUAAUGUUCUGAUGAUCUCUGACAGGGCACCCAAACCCCAACUCCCAAUAAAGUUGUGUUAUUCUUACUGACAA